AUGUCGUGUCUCGAGGAACAUGGGACAGACCAACCGCUUCACACAGUCUCCGUGUUCUGCUUACUGGUCACACGGCACAUGACCAUGCAGCUCUUCCUUGGCUUGCUCCAUAGCCUUCGCUACUUUGAGGCAUCGCCUCAUUCGGUCUCGUCGCAGGGCUCAACUCUGUCAUUGGCGGGCAUUAUCAGGAUUGGUGAUGGCCUUCACCGAGAGUUUUUGGUUGGUACAGGUGUUCGACGCGAAGGGCAGAUGCUGGGCCACAACCACAACCGAGACUCCUCCACGCCGUCUGCUCGAGCUUCUGCUGGCUUGGGACCUGGGCCCACGAGCCGGGUUAUCGCGGCGGCCAUGUUCUCCUCGAAGGCCUCAACCGUUGCUGCCUGCACGUAG